AUGGAUCUUUCCCCGGACGAGGAGAAUUUCCAAGGCCGGCUGCUGCAUCUGGCAGCAUUAUGGGAUAACCUGGAACUUCUGCAAGAGUUAAUAGCAACGGGUGCAGAGGUGGACGCCAGAGAUGGUUACAUGAGGAGUGCCCUCCAUGCCGCAGCUCUUGCUGAACAGAGCAGCUGUCUGACGGCUCUAUGUGCUGCCGGUGCAGAUGUUAAUGCCAAAUCCAAUCAGGAAACGGGCGGGAAAACAGCUCUGCAUAUUGCCGCUGAGAGGGGUCACGUGGAGAAUGUGAAGGCCUUACUAAAAGCUGGAGCCGACCAGACAGUGGUGAACUCUGAUGGAGACACAGCCCUGGUUCUGGCUGAGAGGGGCAGGCAUCGGCAUGCAGCGCUGGCAUUGAGGGAGGCUAAAGGUCAGUGA